AUGCAAAUCAACCAGAGUAUUACUGAGGGUGCUCAGGCCCAGCUUGUACUUGCUACCAUGCAUAAUGCAAAGCUACAAGGAGCACUGAAUGAGAAGGAGAAGGGAAAAGGAGUGGAAAAUGUAUGCAUCUUCAAUGGUGGAAUGCCCAAGAUCUUUACAUCCCAGCAGGCCUGUGAACAGCUCAGACAGUGCAGGGAUGCAAAGGAGAAGGAAGAAAUGCAGGCCCAGGCACGAAAAGACGAAGCUAGGAAGAAGAAAGACAUUAAUGAAAUUAUUGAGAAGGAAUGGGAAAGGGUUAGGAUGCACCAUCAAGCAGAAACACAGAAUUGGCUGGCAAGAUGUGCUCAGUGGGAAGAAGAAGGCCUCCCUAAAGUAUAUUGGGAUCCUAGACCAACUUGUUUGACAAAGCAGGAAGUCCGGAAACAAGUCCUUGAAGCACAGGAGAACGAGACGGCUAUAAAGAGAGUGUAUGAGAAUAUGGAAUCAAGGACUCGCGCAACACGAGAUCUUCAUGGGCGUGUCAUUGAUCAUGAUGAUCCCGAGGCACAUCAUAAUCUGGCUGUUGAAUACUGGGAGCGCUUUGAGCAAUCGGGGAAACGUGAAGAACUGGACAAGUCUAUUGCUCACGAUCGUGCGGCCCUCAAACUCUGUCCUGUAGGACAUCCCAAUCGUUCGGAUUUGCUAAAUAACCUUGCUAUUUGUCUUUCAACGCGAUGCCAGCGGUGGGGCCAAAGGGCAGACUUAGAGGAAGCCAUCGAGUUGGAACGAGGUGCCCUCAUGCUCCGUCCCGAAGGCUAUCCCGAUCGUUCUGCGUCUCUCAACAACCUCGCCAUUUCUCUGAUCACCCGAUACAGGUACUAUGGAACGUCUGGGGACCUUGAAGAGGCUGUUGAGAUGUACCGGGCCGCUCUCGAGCUCUGUCCUGAAGGCCAUCCUUAUCGUUUUAUUUCUCUCAUCAGCCUCGCAAACUCUCUGAGAACCCUACAUGCGGCACGUAGAAGAACGGAGGACUUUGAGGAAGCCAUCGAGUUAGAGCGAGCCGCCCUCGAGCUUCUCCCGAAAGCCCAUCCUCAUCGUUCUUCAUAUCUAAAUAGCUUUGCAUUUUCUAUACUCACCCGAUAUAUGCAGCAUGGAAGGCCUGAGGACCUUGAGGAGGCCAUCGAGAUUUUCCGAGCCGCCCUCAAGCUUCGACCCGAAGGCCAUCCUAAUUGUUCUUCGUCUCUCAAUAGCCUUGCGAAUUGUCUGAUGACCCGAUACAAGCUCCAUGGAAGGACUGAAGACCUUGAGGAGGCCAUCGAAUUGCACCGAGUCGCUGUCGGCCUUCGUCCCGGAGACCAUCUUGACCGUUCCUCGUCUCUUAACAACUCGGGAAUUUGUCUGAGAGCCCGAUAUCAGCAGCAUGCAAGGACCGAAGUCUUCGAGGAGGCCAUCCAGCUGCACCGAGCUGCCCUUAAGCUUCGUCCCAAAGGCCAUCCCGAUCGUUCUUCGUCUCUAAACAACCUUGCAAGUUCUCUGACUAUCCGAUACGAACAGCAUGCAAGGACUGAAGACCUUGAGGAGGCCAUCGAGAUGCACCGAGCCGCUCUCAUGCUUUGUCCCGAAGGCCAUCCUGAUCAUCAUUCGUCCCUCAUCAAUCUUGCGUAUUCUCUGAGUUCCCGAUACGAGCAGCACGGAAGGAGUGAGGAUCUUGAGGAGGCCAUCAAGUUAGAACGUGCCACCCUCGAACUUUGCCCCAAAGGUCAUCCUAAUCAUUUGGAAUCACUCAACAACCUUGCAAGUUCUCUAAUCACCCGGUACAAGCAGCAUGGAAAGAGUCAUCCUGAUCGUUCUUUGUCUCUCGACAACCUUGCAAAUUCUCUGAGAAUCCGAUACGAACAGCAUGGAAGGACGGAAGACCUUGAGGAAGCCAUUAAGCUGCAUCGAGACGCCCUCGAGUUUUUCCCCAAAGGCCAUCCUCAUUGUUCCAUGUCCCUUAACAACCUUGCAAAUGCUCUGAGUACCCGAUAUGAUCAGCAUGGAAGGACGGAGGAUCUUGAGGAGGCUAUCGAGAUGCACCGGGUCUCCCUCAAGCUUCGAAUCAGAGGCCACCCUGAUCGUUCUACGUCAUUAAGGAACCUCGCAAAUUCUUUAUAUGCUCGAAUCAAGAAGCAAUGGAGAAUGGAUGGGUUCGAAGAGUGUAUGCAGUUACUGGAGCUCGCUGCUACUCAUACAUUCUCUGGGUCGACGGAGCGUCUUUUUGCUGCACGUCAAUGGGCAGACCUCGCACGAUCACACAACCAUGACACCGUCUUCACGGCUUACAAGGAAACAAUAUCAAUACUUCAGCAUGCUCUCACCGUCAGUCCAACUCUCCGCGAACAGCAUGACUUCCUUAUUGCGAAAAAUGACUACAGAGUGCUGACAAUGGAGGCAGCUUCCUACGCGAUUGAGAAGAAUGAAUUGGGGCAAGCCGUAGAGAUACUAGAACAAGGAAGGGGCUUACUUUGGUCGCAGCUACGUGGUCUUAGGACCCCUCUGGAUCAACUUGCUGAAAUGAACAAAGAACUCGCUGACAGAUUCAGGAAUGUCAGCCGCCAACUGGAACAUCUCGCAACAUCGCACGAAGCAUUAAUGACUAGAUCAAUCCGGGAUGACAGUGGAUCACUUAGGCCGGACUGCAACCCAGGACAGAAAUCAUUUGACGAACUGUUGAAACUGAAAAAACAGUUUUUAAAUGAGCAGAAAGAGAUUAUUAACGAAAUUCGACAAGUUUCGACGUUCGAAAAUUUCCUUGAAGCGACACCAUUUAAGAUACUACAGAGGGCAGCAUCAGAGGGACCAGUCAUCAUUGUCAAUCACUGCAAAUAUCGAUGCGAUGCACUUAUUAUACUCGCCCAUGACAAUCAGUCAGUCGUUUGUGUUCCAUUAGACGAUGAUUUCUAUAAAGAUAGUAUUCAGCUAUGCAACGAGUUCUUAGAAGCGCGUCGGUGCUUUGGAGCUGCUUCGCCUAAUUACGGCGAGAAGCUUCGCGAAGCGAUGAAGAUGCUGUGGGACAGAGUUGUUUCUAAAGUCGUCGAUAAACUUACAGAAGCUGGUGUCACAAAAGGUGCUCGUAUCUGGUGGUGCCCUACGUCCGUGUUAUCUGCGCUUCCGUUUCAUGCAUCGGGGCCGUUUGAGGAUGCCGAUGGGACUUCAAAGUACCUAUUGGACGAUUAUGUCUCGUCGUAUACUCCGUCGUUCGGUGCUCUUAUCAAUGCUCGGUCUAGCAGUAAUUUGAACAACCCAAAAUUACUUGUCAUUGGCGACACUGCCACGCUCGACUCGAGAUUCGGAAUGUUCGAAACGCUAUGGGGGACUGCGAAACAAGCCCUACAGUACUCCUUGACCAAGGCCACAUGGGUUCACUUCGCUUGUCAUGGUCAUUUAGACCCGAAGCCCUUUGACUGCUCCUUCAAGCUCGCCGAUCAUGGUUUGACGUUGUUGGAUAUCAUCCAAGCAAACGUCCCAAAUGCCGAAUUCGCAUUCCUAUCUGCCUGCCAUACUGCCGAGUUGUCCCAUUCUGGCGCGCACGACGAAGCACUGCAUCUCUCAGCAGCUAUCCAGUUCAGUGGGUUUCGGAGUGUAAUUGGGACGAUGUGGGAGCUAUACGAUGAAGAUGGACCACUCUUUGCACGCGUGGUGUACGAGUACAUGAAUGAAUGCGAGGACGGUGAACUGAUGUACAAGAGGGCGGCUACAGGACUUCGGAAAGCGGCUUUACAGCUGAGAGCGCGAGAAGGGAUUCCUAUUGAGCGAUGGGUAAAUUUUGUGCAUAUAAGCGCUUGA